AUGUCCAACACUGGCCCUUUCGUUUCUAUGAGUCCAAAUGCGGCUUCAGCAGGUCAGAACAGUACAUCUGAAGGAAGACCUGAUCCCGAAAACGCACCAUGUGAAGCAGCUGGGGAAGAUAUUAACUUGCGAACCGUAAAGCGGUAUAUUAUUUCAGAUUACGAUACUCUUAACCCAAGAGGUCUUCCAGAAAACUGGGUGAUGAUUCGACAUGACUCCGGAAUAAUGUUGUACCUACACCAAUUAACUAGAGUUGUUACUCUCUCCCGACCCUUCACUAUCGGUUCUGAAAGCAUAAGAUGCCAACAAAUUCCCAUGUUUGCCAUCCCUUGUUUGAACUAUCUUCAGAGAAAAGCCAACGAGACCGCCUGUUCUGAUGGAUCUAUGCAGUCGCAGAAUUACACUUCUAAACCCGCCAAGGAAGAAUCUGCCACCAGGUCACAAGUAGUCGAAGAAGACGGGUCUACGGCUCAAGUAACUAAGGCUUCCCCUCCUUCUCCGAUUGAAGGUCUUGGUGAAGAUGAGGCGGACGAUGAAGAAGAUGGCUCUGAUGGCGGUGACAGUGAGAAGGAGGAGGGAGAAUUAACUUCAGAUGAGGACGAUGAGAUGGUGAAUGCUGACGACUAUGAUGGUCCACCUCCUUCUAAGCGCCCUCUGCUCAGUGAAGAAAUGAGUGAAAACUCAGACACUGAUGGCAAAGCUGACGGGGAUGGCCUUGUCCUCGAGGAAUCCACUUACGCGGGCCAGAAGGAAACGAUGGCGAAACGGACCUCACGAAUCAAACGCAAAGUCUACAAUGACAUGGAGAAUGCGAAACUCCUAAGUCCUGAGGAAGUUCGUGAAUACUGCCGUAAACUGUUCAACUUUCACGAAGAAAACGCUGUUGCUUUCAGAAACCGCUGGGAGCGCCUGCGGUUCUACCGCAUGAAGAAGGCCAAUCGAAAGACGACGACGACGACGACGGUGGCAGGCACUGGUGAUGGUACCGAUGAUCCCGAGGCCUGUGCAAUGCGCCAACGAGCUAAAGAACGCGUUCUCAGCCUGAUCGGCAAGUCGCCGGUGUGCGUGCUACACGAGUACUGUCAAAACGUGCUGAGGGUCCAAGUAACCUUCAAACCGAGCGUCGUUGAGCACGACAAACUCCUCUUCCGUUAUGCGGUAGUUGUGAAUGACGUGACCUAUCCUACGGGCUCGGGUAGCAGCAAGAAGGCGGCUCGGUCGGAAGCCGCUCGUCUGGCUUUGCUUGAACUCCUGCCUGAGUACAAGGAGCUAUGGGAUGCGAGAACGCAGAAUACUUCGCACGCCUCCGAGUCAAGUGCAAACGCCCUGCCCGAUGCUGAUUUGGAGGCUUUUAGGAGCAUCGGAAUUACCGACAAACAGGUCUACGAAUUAACCAGUGCCAACCGCCUGAGUUGCGCUUCCCCCUACACCAUUUUCUGCGAGUACAUCAAGCGCCACUGCAUUCCGGAGGGCGAUGUCCAGUCGAAAAUGACCCCGCUUGGUCGCAACCGCCAUAGGUUCGAACUCAGUCUUGGCGAAUUCAACGUCAAGGUGCAGUGUCGGAAUAAGCGUAUCGGUCGGCACCACGCAGCCCAGCAGAUGCUGGCCCUGCUGCAUCCCCAACUCAAAACCUGGGCCGACCUCCUGGAGUUGUACGGUCCGAAUUCGAAACCCGACAAAAAGUGCGACUCCGAGGCCAUUCUGGACGCGCAGGCGAGGAACUCCAGCUCAGUCAAAACCGGACUCAUACGCUUGCUGCGGGCGAAGAUGCUGGAGCUGAGCGAGCAGUGGGAGAACAAUGAGGAUGCCAAGAGAAAGGGCAAAUUCAGUGUGUCGCCGUACAACCUGCCUGUGAUCUCCUUCCACCCGGACUCAACCACAACCACGUACUCAUCGACGCCGAUCGAUCAGCCCUCGUCGCCGUCACUCACACCCUGCGAAUCAUCAGAACCCCAAAACUAA